AUGAGCACAGCAGUGGCCUGCGUAGGGCCUCACGAAGGAGCAGGCGCCGCCGCCCGCCCGCCCGCGAGCGAAGCCUUGUCAGGCAACGCGCAUCCGGGCGGGGACGCGUCCACGGCCACCGCGGCCGCGCUGUCGUUCAGCGCCGUAGCCAUCGUAACGCUGGGAAACCAGAGCGACGCGGGACGGCCGGAGGCGGCGGGGCCUCGGGGACGGGAGCCAGUACUUUGGCAUGGGGCGGCGGUGGCCGCUCAGGCGCUCGUGCUCCUGCUCAUCUUCUUGCUGUCUAGCCUGGGCAACUGCGCAGUGAUGGGGGUGAUCGUGAAGCACCAGCAGCUGCGCACGGUCACCAACGCCUUCAUCCUGUCGUUGUCCCUGUCGGACUUGCUCACCGCGCUGCUCUGCCUACCCGCCGCCUUCCUCGACCUGUUCGCGCCGCCGGGGGACUCCGGGCCCUGGCGCAGCUUCUGCGCUGCCAGCCGCUUCUUCAGUUCGUGCUUCGGCAUCGUGUCCACGUUCAGCGUGGCGCUCAUCUCGCUGGACCGCUACUGCGCCAUCGUGCGGCCGCCGCGGGACAAGCUCGGCCGGCGGCGCGCUCUGCAGCUGCUGGCCGGCUCGUGGCUGGCUGCGCUGGGCUUCUCCCUGCCCUGGGAGCUGCUCCGGGCACCCCGGGAGGCCCCGGUUCCACAGAGCUUCCACCGCUGCCUUUACCGAACCUCUCCGGAUCCUGCGCAGCUGGGCGCCGCCUACAGCGUGGGGCUGGUGGUGGCCUGCUACCUGCUGCCCUUCCUGCUGAUGUGUUUCUGCCGCUACCACAUCUGCAGGACCGUGCGCUUGUCGGACGUGCGCGUGAGGCCAAUGACCACCUACGCGCGCGUGCUGCGCUUCUUCAGCGAGGUGCGCACGGCCACCACGGUACUCAUCAUGAUUAUCUUCGUCAUCUGCUGCUGGGGCCCUUACUGCUUCCUGGUGCUGCUGGCUGCGACCCGGCAGGGUCAGACCACUCAGGCCCCUUCGCUGCUCAAUGUGGCGGCUGUUUGGCUGACCUGGGCCAAUGGGGCUAUCAACCCUGUCAUAUAUGCCAUCCGCAACCCCCACAUUUCUAUACUUCUAGGGCGUAACCGCGAAGAGGGGUACAGGACUAAAAACAUGGAUGCUUUUUUGCUCAGCCAAGGCCUAGGUUUGCAGGCCAGAAGCCGCGAUCGCCUUCGAAAUGGCUGUGCCAGCAGAUUCGGGACUUGCAGCGGGAUGCCUUCUUCCAACCCGGCUAGUGGGACAGGAGGGGAGGUGGUCAUGUGGGCUCGCAGAAACCCAGUUGUACUUUUCUUCCGAGAGGGACCGCCAGACCUGGUUCCGGCAGUCGGCAAACAGCAUAAAUCUGAAACUGGGGACAGUACCCUCUAAAAAGGGUUGGGGUGGCCAGCUUGUAAAAGCGAAUUUCCACUCCUCUCUUUUAGUGACGCGGGAAUCCGGGGAAAAUCAUGAAUUUCAUAAAGCCAAACAUUUAAAACUAAAAAGACAGAAGUGGGAAGGAUACCAUUUCAUUCUCAAACAUAAGCAAUGUA